AUAAGACAGUUUAUUCAUUCCUAUUGGUCGAGAGCAACGGCUGAAACAGUUGUGCAACAUGCUUUUUAGGGACAUUCCCUUUGCGAUUGUGCAAUGCCCAAAGUGACGUAUAAGGUUCACGGACAACAAGCCUUUGUAAUGUAACAGCACACCCGUUCAGACUAGAGGACAAUAACACAAUCAUUUAUUCAUAACAACCUAUUAACGUUGCACGCAUGCGCAAGUCCUGGGGGUAUGUUCAUAAACGGCAUACAGAUCGAGUGGAGGGCUGGUACAGAACGACAAGAAGACUACACAAACCCCGAUGGAAGCUUACCAGUAUGUUACCAUUUUUAUAAACCUUUAAACCAGACUAUUUCCCCCAAAAGGACCCAGUAACGCAGAAGGGCAUUGGAUGAUAUUCAAUGAGUUUGCUACCUGUUUGCUUUAAACGGUUUUAUGAAUAUCACAGGAGAUGCCAUGAUUGUCACUGACUCGCCGAUGCAGCGUUCUGGAAUGUGCAAACGGGUAGAUUCAUGGGAGAAGAACAAGUCAAUGAGUUUCUCAGAACCAUGCAUUUGCUGUAUGACUGAUUCCAGUCAAUUUCAACGGCAGUUUUGACUCCUUCAGAAUAUUGAGCAUUGAUCUUUCUUCACUGAACGUCCCAAAGCACCACCAACAUGUAUCAGCCAUCUCUGAAACAGUGGUAUGAAGACCGGAAGAGGUUAAGGGUCGUCUUUGAUCAUUCCAGGGCAAAACCAGUAGAGAGGAAAAACAAAAUCAAGAAGAGUAGACAGGCGGCUUUCAAGUCUGCAUUAGCAGAGAGGACAAAGCCCUUGGGACAGCAUCAAGACACCAAGACGAACACGUCAGAUUCAUCAUUGGGCAAAGAACAAUGCGGAGCACAAGCAAAACGAGACGAACCUGUAUCCAAUAAAUUCAAGGAAACUCAUCACAUGAUACAGAUCUUUAUCAAGACGCCCAUCAACCCCAAAACCCUCUGUCUACGACUCGAUCAUAAAACAACCGUCUCCGACCUGAAAGACAUAAUUCACAGGAAGUUGGGCAUUCGUCCUGCAUUGCAAAAUCUGUACACGAACAACAAAAGGUUCAAGUUGUGUGACGCUUUGACUCUUCUUGAUCUUGGCAUUAAACCGGAGACAAACAUUGAUUUAACACUAGCAGAAGGAUUGCUUGGUGGCGCCCCAACACUAGACGAGACAUUCCUACAGACUUUAGCGGUAAACCUCUGCAAGGACUGGCAGCAACUCGCAGUCAAGCUUAAGUUCAGACCAGCAGAGAUUGGCAAGUUUGAACGUCUCGCUGAGAGCAGCCCAGAAGAACAGGCUCAUCAGAUGUUAGUUUCUUGGUUGAGUGAGCAGCAAGCUGAUGACAGAGAAGCAGGGGAAUGGUUGAGAAGUGCAUUGGUUCAAAUAGAUCGUCGGGAUUUAGCUGCAAGGAUCCCAGGUUAUGCACCCACAUCCCCAAGAGCAGGUACCAAGAGGCAGUCACCGGAACAUCAGUCGGAUGCUUCAGGUAUUGAUGGGAACAAGUUACGUGUCCCCGAGGCAGACAAGACUGAUUUGAAACAAACCUCAGGUUAUGUACCCACAUCCCCAAUAGCAGGUAGCAAGAGGCAGUCACCGGAGCAUCAGUCAACAUCUAAUGCAUCAGGCAUUAAUGAGAUGUUUGGAGUCGUAGCUGAGAAUAUUGGCAAAAAUUGGAAGCAACUCGGCAAUUCUUUAGGCAUUAAAGCUGCAAAGAUUGACACAUAUCCAAUUGACCAUCCAAAUGACGUCAGAGAACAGGUGUAUCAAAUGCUACUUGAUUGGGUCAGGACACAAACAAGCCAAAAGGAGGCUGAAGACGGGCUGAUCGAGACGCUCGUCAAACUCGGUCGUGCUGACAUUGUCCGAAAAUUACCAGGUUAUGCACGUACAUCCCAAGGAGCAAGUAAGAUAGACGGAGUUCACAGCAGGCAGCUUAAGGAGCAUCAGACUAUAACUGAUGUACCAGAUAUCGAUGAGAAGAAGUUAGGAGACAUAGCUAAGCAUAUUGGAAAAGAUUGGAAGAAACUUGCCAAUUCUUUAGGUGUUAAAGCUGCACAGAUUGACACAUAUCAAAGCGACUACCCAAAUGACCUCAAUGAACAAGUCUUCCGGAUGCUACUGGACUGGUGUAGACAUGACCAAGAGGCGGCUGAAGACGGGUUGAAGGAGGCGCUUACAGUAAUCGACCGUGCUGACAUUGUCAACAAAAUAUCAGGUUUGAUGGGGCUACCAUUCAACAAUGAGUCAUGCAGUCGGACUUUGGUGAGUCAUUACAAGGAGACGCUGAAAGUGAACACACACCCCACACGUAAGGAUCUGGCUGUUGAUAUGGAUCAACUUUAUGUUUCUUUAGAACUUCUGCAAGAAACAAACCAACCUGAUCAGCCCCUCACAUUGCAGUCCGGUUCAAUUAAAGGACAACAUAAAACAGACCACACAAGGCACCCUGAUACCGAAGGCGCACGCGAGAUCGAUCAAACCCAAACAGAGUAUAAGAAAAUUCCCCUUAAGUCACACGGAGACAUGUUAAGCUUUGACAAGAACAGAAUCUUAAUCACUGGUGAAAGUGGGUAUGGUAAAUCAACGCUUCUAAAGAAGAUAGCUUAUGACUGGGCUGUUUUACAGAGUAAUACUGAUCAAUCGACUCUCCAAAAACAAGAAUCGCCCCUGUCAAAGUAUAAGCUCGUCUUUUUGUUGGAAAUAAACAAAAUGGAGGUCAAUUUCAACGUUAUGGAUGAGAUAUUUCAUCAAAUAUUGCCUCCAAACGAAUUUGGGAAAACGACUCUCAAAAGUUAUAUGACGAAACACCCAGAGAAAGUUCUCAUCCUUCUUGAUGGAGCGGACGAAAUCUCCUUUCAGACACUACAAAAUGCAAACGAAGAAUUCAGUGUUAACAAUGUCCUUUCAUUCAAGUCGCUAAAACGCUGUAAGGUAAUUGUAACAAGCCGACAGUCAACGGCACUAAAGUUACUGACUUGCAAUUCCAAUUUCACAAGAGUGGACGUAGUUGGGUUCGAUGACAAUAAAAAGCAAGAUUAUAUCAGUAAAUACUUCAGCAAUUACAGCUCCCAACACCAUGCUCAUGUUCUUGCUGAAAUAAAUAAGUCUGAAACACUCAGCAGUUUAGGGGAGAUUCCUCUGUUUCUUUGGUUGAUGUGUUCAUCAUUAACAAAGGCUGGAAGUCGACUACCUGGCAGGAUUACAGAACUGCUUCAUCUCGCAAUCGGGGUAUUCUAUGACCAAAAGAUUGGCAAAGAUUGCACAUCCAACCCCUCCGAGAAAAUAACCAAAAAGGGUUUUAAUGAGCUGAUGGCCAAACUUGGGAAGGUUGCUCUUGAACGUUCGACGUUACAAGGGCACGGAAAAAAUGCCUUCGCAGUUUCAGAGUUUGAUUCAGAGGACCUUGUAAAUUUGGGAUGUGAAGUCGGCUUGCUGACCCGAUGGCAAUUCAUACACGGUUUAGACAAGGUUCAUCAAGUCCGGUUCCACCACAUAAUAUUAAUGGAGUUUUGUUGUUCCGUUUACCUGUCUGAUAUGACAGAGUCCAAUCCUAACAAAUUUAAAGAGUACAUGUCAAAAUUGUUAGACGGAGACGUGAAAAGAAAUGAAUACUUAAUCCGUUUCUGCAGCGGGGGAAACAAAAAAGCUGCAGAAUUCGCUAUAGAGCUGACCGAAAAACACCUUUCAGUUUACAAUAAAAACACCCCCGUUGAAUGCGAAAGGUAUGUCUGUUUACAUAGGAUAAUGAUGCUGGCUUUGUUUGAAUCCAAGCUUGGUGCGACUGUGAAAAACCUCGCGCUAGAUGAGUGGGUUAGAUUCCCAUAUAAGCUUAAAGGAGAAGACCUCUUGGCUGCACAUUAUUUCAUUCGAAACCUACCACAACGAUCCAGUCUUCAUCAUGUUUCUGAUAUAACGAUAUCAUGUCAAGGAACAACCGAUUUAGAUCUCCUAGAACAAACAAUGGCCAGAACAAGGUGUGAUCUAUCAUUAGAAGUAGUUGGUGUCAAUAUGAACGACAAAAUUUACCAACUGAAAAACAUUUCUGAAAGAUUAACUUCGCUUACUUUAAGAGAUUGUCAGUUAAGCUGUUUCUCUGUUCCUCAACUUUUCAGGUUAUUUCAAUCAGCUUCGAAGUUGAAGAAAGUGUUUUUGGUGGGAAACAACUUGCACGGUUUGAAAUCAGACCAGUUACCUUGUAUUCAUUCCUUGGAGGUCUUGACACUAGACGGAUGUAAGCUGACGAAGGAUGACAUUUGGUCAGUUUUCGCCGUCGUGGCUGCUGCAGGUAGUGUAACGACACUUGUUCUAAAGGAUAACGAUCUCCGUGGUAUUAAGGGGGACCAGAUAACUCCUGUUUCUUCCUUGAAGAUAUUGCAUCUAUACGCAUGUGGCAUACAGAGUGAUGAUAUUGGUUCAGUUUUCUCCGUCGUGGCUGCUUUAGGUAAUGUAGCGACACUAGCUCUAUACAGAAACGAUCUCCAUGGUAUUAAGGGGGAACAGAUAAAUGCUGUUUCUUCCUUGAAGGAAUUACAUCUGAACGCAUGUGGCAUACAGAGUGAUGAUAUUGGGCCAGUUUUCUCCGUCGUGGCUGCUGCAGGUAGUGUAACGACACUUGUUCUCAAAGAAAACGAUCUCCAUGGUAUUAAGGGGGACCAGAUAACUCCUGUUUCUUCCUUGAAGGCAUUGCAUCUAUACACAUGUAGUUUACAGAGUGAUGAUAUUGGUUCAAUUUUCUCCAUCGUGGCUGCUGCAGGGAGUGUAACGAGACUUGGUCUACAUGAUAAUGAUCUUCAUUGUAUUAAGGGGGAACAGAUAACUCCUGUUUCUUCCUUGAAGGAAUUGCAUCUCUACGCAUGUGGUAUACAGAGUGAUGACAUUGGGUCAGUUUUCUCCGUCGUGGCUGCAGCAGGGAGUGUAGAGAAACUUGUUCUUAAUGAUAACUAUCUCCAUGGUAUAAUGGGGGACCAGAUAACUCCUGUUUCGUCCUUAAAGGAAGUGUGUCUCUGCGCAUGUGGCAUACAAAGUGAUGAUAUUGGGCAAGUUUUCUCUAUCGUGGCUGCUGCAGGUAGUGUAACGUGUCUUGUUCUAAAGGAUAACGAUCUCCGUGGUAUUAAGGGGGACCAGAUAACUCCUGUUUUUUCCUUGAAGGAACUGUAUAUACACUCCUGUGGCAUACAGAGUGAUGAUAUUGGUUCAGUUUUCUCCGUCGUAGCUGCUGCCGGCAGUGUAACGACACUUUUUCUAAAGGAUAACAAUUUCCAUGGUAUUACAGGGGAACAGAUAACUCCUGUUUCUUCAUUGAAGGAAUUGCAUCUCGACUCGUGUGGUCUACAGAUUGAAGAUAUUGGGUCAGUUUUCUCAGUCGUGGCUGCUUUGGGUAAUGUAACGAUAUUAGCUCUACACAGAAACGAUCUCCAUGGUAUUAAGGAGGACCAGAUAAAUGUUGUUUCUUCCUUGAAUAAAUUGCAUCUAAACGCAUGUGGUAUACAGAGUGAUGAUAUUGGGUCAGUUUUCUCCGUCGUGGCUGCAGCAGGGAGUGUAACGUCUCUCGUUCUACAGGACAACGAUCUCCAUGGUAUAAAAGUGGACAAGAUAACUCCUGUUUCUUCCUUGAAGUUUUUGCAUCUGUACGCGUGUGGUUUACAGAGUGAUGAUAUUAGUUCAGUUUUCUCCGUCGUGUCUUCAGCAGGUAAUGUAACGACACUUGUUCUGGACGAAAACAAUCUCCAUGGUAUUAAGGGAGACCAGAUAACUCCUGUUUCUUCCUUGAAUGAAUUGCAUCUCUACGCUUGUGGUUUACAGAGUGAUGAUAUUAGUUCAGUUUUCUCCAUCGUGGCUGCCGCAGAAAGUAUAACGAAACUUGUUCUAGCAAAAAACAAUCUACAUGGAAUUAAGGGGGACCAGAUUACUCCUCUUUCUUCCCUGAAAGAAUUGCAUCUCUACGCAUGUGGUUUACAGAGUGAUGAUAUUGGGCCAAUUUUCUCCAUCGUGGCUGCUGCAGGUAGUGUAACGGCACUUGUUCUCAAAGAAAACGAUCUCCAUGGUAUUAAGGGGGACCAGAUAACUCCUGUUUCUUCCUUGAAGGGAACAGAUAACUCCUGUUUCUUCAUUGAAGGAAUUGCAUCUCGACUCGUGUGGUCUACAGAUUGA